CGCACUAAGCACUUGAUGGUGGAGGGUUCUAAUCUCAAGUACUAUCAGUCAAGUUAUGAGUUGGCUAUACAGUAUAAAUACAACAAUAAGAAAGGAUUCGGUACAGUUUUCAAAAUGAAGCUCCUCGUGCUUUUACUUGUCGUUAUUGGUCUGGUAGUGGCAGUGAGUGCCAAUGUCGUGCCAGAGGGUGACGUUGAGAGUGUCUACACGUUGGAUGCUCAACCCGAAGAUCCUGAAGGACUAGUUUAUGCUGUAGAAGACUCUGCUCCACCAGCAGUGAGGGUCUUCAACGCUCCUGAAGCCGAAUCGAGUCCUGAUCAAUACGUUGAAGUUUCUCCUUUAGAAUCGGAUAACUUUUACAUCCCAAUCCUGACGAGAGCGUGCACCAACUCUGCGUGCGCUUACAUUUGCGGCCUCCUUGGUUUCAAACAUGGCCGCUGCAUUUCUACUACAACUUGCAACUGCUACAACUAAUCUAUAUCAAUCCUGAAUUUAUAUGAUAACAUCACUUUUCCAAAAAUAAUUUAAUUAUGUCUCCUACCUUAUCUACCAUCAUCCGUUUUGUUGCUAUAAAUUUCAUCGAUUACAUUAUUAAUUAAAAUGCAUUUUUUUGUUAAAUAAUUUUAUUAUGGAUUAAAAAUAAAAUUACUUUUAUUUUU